AUGAUCCCGGCGCCACAACCGUUGCAUCUUACAGGCUCAACUGGCAGCCUGUCUCCCUGCACCGCUCCGGCAAAUCACGAGUCAAUCCUUCUGCCCAACCGUCGCCGUCAUCCAACACUAACGCAGUACACGACGUCUCUGACCUCUUCAAGCGUGUUGCCGUGGAUCCCGAUUCCUUUUCAUGCUGCCCCCCGGCGCCGUUUCACCACCUCAACUACACGUCAACGUUCUUGGGGAGAGGAAGCAGAGCAUUAG